UUUUUUUAAUUCUUGGAUGUUGUUACUGAAGAGGUGAUGGAACACUCUAGCUACAUCUUUUUGUGAGCAGAGGACCAGGUCGAUGAAGUUGUUUUUCACACGCACUUAGUUUUUGUGUCAUGUUUAGACUGUUGUUGGGUGUUUAUGAAGACGUUACAAAAAAAUGCUUCACAGCACAUCUUUCUUCUGUCUGUGUCUUGUGCUAUCGACUGGUGUGUUUGGUGAUACAGAUGAAGUGAAGUCAGUGUCAGUGACUGAAGGAGAUUCUGUCUCUCUAAACACUGAUGUUAAAGUACAGAGAGACGAUAUGGUACUGUGGAUGUUUGGACCUAAAGAGAGUCGAAUAGCUGAUAUCUACAGACAUAAUAUUUAUAUAGAUGCCACUUAUACAAUAUUUGAGAAAAGACUCCAGAUGGACAAUCAAACUGGAUCUCUGACCGUCAGAAACAUCAGAUCUGAACACACUGGACUUUAUAAAGUACUGAUCCUCAGGAACAGAGGAAACUCAGACAAGAGAUUCAAUGUUUCUGUCUAUGCUCCUCUUCCCAUUCCUAUCAUCAGCAGUAACUCUUCAAACUGUUCUUCGUCAUCAUCAUCAUCAUCAUCAUCAUCAUCAGUGUCUAAUUGUUCACUGUUGUGUUCAGUUGUGAAUGUGAGUGCUGUGACUCUCUCCUGGUACAAAGGAAACAGUUUAUUGUCCAGCAUCAGUGUGUCUGAUCUCAGCAUCAGUCUCUCUCUACCUCUGGAGGUGGAAUAUCAGGAGAACAACAUCUACAGCUGUGUGAUCAACAAUCCCAUCACAAACCAGACCACACAUCUGGACAUCACUCAACUCUGUCACACAUGUGCAGGUAUCACAUGAUCUCUUUUCCUGUAAUUGUGUUAAAUAAAUAAAAAUAGUCUAUGUGCUGUCUAUAGUCUAAAUGUCUAUGUGCUUUGAGGUGUUCUCUCAUCUAUAAUAUUAUUUACGUCUUGACAGUUCACUGUUAUAUUCAAGUAUUAUCAGAUAUUAUCAUAUACAAGUAUUUGUCUAGCCAGUCAUGGUGUGACAUUUGUCUGAAAUGAAAGCAUGUUGGUGGAUAAAAAAAAAUGGCAUGCCUUUUUAAUAAAAAAAAAAAAUCAUCAAAUAAUUUCUUUACUGAUUGUAAAUACUGCAAAUAUGUU